UGUUCUAUGCAAGUCUAAUCAAGAGUCAGGAGAAAGGGAAAAUAAACAACUCAGUCGUUCGUGAACUGCGGUGGAAGUUAGUGAAUUACUUCAAGCGAUUACAACACAGAAUGGAGAAAGGCAACCCGCCAGCUUAUUCGCCACCGCAACCAGGCUUCAAUGCGCCUCCUGGAAAUUCCAUGUACCCUCCCUUACCUCAGCAGCCACCACAGCAACAGAUGCCUCAAUCUAACACAGUUAUAGUUCAUCAAGCUGUACUUCCAAUGAUGUUGGGGCCCAAACCCACUACUAUGGUAUGUCCUUCUUGCCAUGCUCAAAUAACUUCGACUGUCCAGACGGAAGCCACAACAAAAACUCACCUGUUUGCAUUGCUACUUUGUCUUUUUGCAUGCUGGCCUUGCUGUUGCAUACCAUAUUGCAUGGAUUCUUGCCAGAGUCAAACACACUACUGUCCAAACUGCAAUGCUUUCCUAGGAAAAUAUGAUAACUGAGCUGUCCAGCUACUACAUCAAAUUAUCCCUAUUUCAACAAUGAGAAAACAUCUAGGAAUGGGCAGUAAAAAAAAGUAACUUGAAAAUUUUUGUGAAAUAUUUUCAGAAUGUUUCCAGUCUGGCUUAAAAGAUAUGAAUAGCAUUAUUAUUUGUGUCUACCUCUAAAAACUGAUGUGUGGAAAGAACGAGACUGAAAUCCUUAAAUAUUUUUCACUGGGCCUUCAUGUUUCCUGCUAAGAUAAUCAUCUUAGUUUCCUGCCUCAAGCUGGAUCCACUUAAAAUCUGUUCAUUAGGGUUUAUGAACUUUAUACAAUUUUUACUAGGGUUAUCCUGUUACGCAAUAAUUCGCUUACUGUCUGUGUCAUUUGUAAACAUUAUUUGUAAAUGUUCAUAUAUUUU